AUGUUGAAAACAAGGGCGUCAACAUUGCUUCCCCAGCAAAAAGGAGGACACCAUCCCACACACAAUAAUCGUCUCGCCUCGAAAGAGAAGAACGAUGUUGGGUGUGCGAUGGACACCACCAACUCUGCCGUUUGCGAUCCUGGGAGAAAUGUCUUCGUUUCCAAAUGUACCCGGAAGCUGACUUUCUCUUUCUCCAGCCGCGGACACGUCUCCGCCGGUCACGGACGUGUUGGCAAGCACCGCAAGCAUCCCGGUGGUCGUGGUCUGGCCGGUGGUCAGCACCACCACCGUACCAACCUCGACAAGUACCAUCCCGGUUACUUCGGUAAGGUCGGUAUGCGCUACUUCCACAAGCAGCAGAACCACUUCUGGAAGCCCGUCAUCAACCUGGACAAGCUCUGGACCCUCGUUCCCGCUGAGAAGCGCGAGGAGUACCUCGCCGGCAAGGGCGACAAGGUCCCCGUCAUCGACCUCCUCCCCUUCGGCUACUCCAAGGUCCUCGGCAAGGGCCGCCUCCCUGAGGUCCCUAUCGUCGUCAAGGCCCGCUGGGUUUCCAAGCUCGCUGAGAAGAAGAUCACCGAGGCCGGUGGUGUCGUUGAGCUCGUCGCGUAA